AUGCAUAUUCUUAAUCAUCAAAUAAUCUUUUUCAUAUUAUGCCCAUUAUACAUAUUUUACGACAGCAAAUGUGCAGUUUUAGAUGCUAGUUCAAUUCGAGAUGAAAUUGUGGAAACAUUAUUCGCUAAUUAUCAGAGUCACGUUCGCCCUGGAGAGCUUAUUCGUAACACAACAGUAGUAACAGUUUAUAUAUCUGUAUCAGCUAUAACAUCUGUGGAUGUACGUAAUAUGGAAUACACUAUUGAUAUGUUACUUCGUCAAGCAUGGUAUGAUCCUAGACUAGCUUGGGAUCAAAUUGAGAAAUUCAAACAUUAUACAAAAAACAUUGUUUCUCCAGUUUUCAAAGAGAAAAUAUGGCUACCAGACUUGUUCUUUCGAAAUGCAUGCAUAACGUUUAAUUCUGGAGUAUUACUUGAAUUUGCGAUCGCUUCUCAUCUUGCUAGGCGUCAAAAAGUAUCUGAAUGGCAGGUAGAAGUUCGGAAGCUAGUUAGACGUGAACUAGCGAGGUGGUGUUCUGCUUGCCAAUUACAAUAUGCACAAAGGGGACCAUCUGCGCUCUCAGCAUACUCAGCUUCAAGCAGAUCAAAUGAGAAAGUUAGUGAAUACAUCAACUCGGUAGCUGCUGCUGCUUUCGCCAUUCAGAAUAGCCCUGUACUAGAAAGACCAAGUCCUCAAAUGUCUGUUCGCCUAACAAAGUCAGGUUUAAUGUCAAUGGCUAAUAUUAAGUCCGGAAAACCAGAUAAAGUUUCAAAGGGUGUUUUUUACGAAUUAGUUACCAAUGAUUCUGCACUUACAGCUUUAGACACAACACAAAAGGAUGCCCUUUUACCAACAAAUGAACCACAACGCGUUAAAAAACCAGCGUCAAUGUCGAAAAUAGAUAGUUAUAGUCGAUUCGUUUUUCCAGCAUGCUUUUUACUUUACAAUUGUUUUUAUUGGCUUUAUUAUUUAGUGAUUGUUAAGCAUAAAUAG